GGCUGGCCCCGCAGCCAAGUCGUCGGCUGGCCCCGCAGCCAAGUCACCAGAUCUUGCCAUGCAUCAAGCAAAAUCUGCUGUGUCAGUAGAGCCUGUCAAGGAGGAAGCAGAACCUGCUGUAGAACCUCUUGAACACCUAUCAGAGCAUCAGAAAUUUUCAAAAGCUACUGAGCAACCAGUAGAACCUGUUAAGAGGUCUAUAGAACUUAUUGAAAAACCAGCAGAAGCUGCUAAGAGAUUAAUAAAACCUACUUAUAAACCUGCAGAGAGAUUUGUAGAACCUAUUGAACAGUUGAUACAUUCUAAUACACUGACAGACAAUGCCCAUCUGAAAGAAUUUGCUAUGAACCCUGAAGAACCUGGCAAGAAAGCAACAAAGUCUGAAAAGCCAAUUCAGGCCAAACCAUCCGAGUCCCCUAAAUCAGUAGAACUUGAUGAGCUGGUAGAAUAUUCGAGGCGACAAAUAAUGUCCUCCAAGCAACUGCUUGACAACAGCUAUCAAUUAGUCGAGACUGCCAAGGAUGCUGCCAAGCUACCUGCCAAGCAGGAUGCAGGACUACAUGUCAAGAAUGUAGCAACACCCAUUAAACACUCGACAAAUCUCAAAAAAAUCUCAACGGGAGCUCCCAUUAAGCAACCAGUGGAUUGUGAUAUCAAGCAACCGUUGGAAUUAUCAGAGGGUCCGCUACCAGAAUUACCUGUCAAGAAAUUGUCCGAUUCAUCUGCUGAGCAAGUGUUAGAAUCUAUUGCUAAACGACCACUGAAGAGAUCUGCGCUAAAUUUAGAAUACUCUGAACAACAACUGGAAUCCUCUGCCAGCAAGAAACCAAAUAAAUGGUCUCCUGAGCAGACAUUAAAUUCAUUUGGGAAUGAUUUGCCAGAAUCACCUGCCAAGGAAUCUAUAGAAUCAUAUAUUAAAGCAUUGCCAUUAACACCUGUUGAGAAAUCUCAAGAAAUAUCUGUAAGGAAUUCUCUAGAAACACCUGUCAAGAAACACACACAGUUAUCUGUAAAUAAAUUAUCAGUAACAUCUGUCAAGGAAUCAUCAGUAACAUUUGAAAAGAAGUCAUCCAGCAUUGAUUGUGAUGAAGCUUGUGGUGGAGACGAAGAGAGAGAGCUUCCUAGAGUAACACCGAGACAAGGUAUACUUACACCAGAUGCUGCCCCAGGCUUUGAAACUCUGGAGCAUGAUAAACUUUUGACAGCCUCAGUUCCACUAGAUGUUCAUGAUGAAUCUUCAAAAACACACAAAGUGGGGACUCAGGGUUACAACAGUGGGCAGCUUGAAGUUCCUCCCACCGAUUGUGGGGUCGACAAUGUAGUUGAAUCUCCAACUCCAAGCAAGACACAUUUAUUGAAGGGUAAAACUCCUGCCAUACAGGAACCAGUUGCUACACCAUCAAGGGCUCCUAUGUCUUCCACACUUCACAGUGCAGGCUUAAUUCCAGCAAUGUUUACCCCAAGGAGUAUUAAAUUAAGAGGACUGCAAUCAGUAAGACGUAAGGCGGUGAAGAGGGUGACAUUGUCACCUAAACAGCAACCAGACUCUACUACACAGAAAUCAGAAUCGGUAGAGUCAGAAUCAUCCGUCAAACCACCACUGGAAUCAGCAAGCAAACAUUCCUCUAAAUCUUCCAUCAAACCACCAUCUGAUUCAUUUAGGAAACAAUAUCGUGAAUUCUCAGAGAAACAACUCCCGGAAUCCUCGGCUACAUCUCAAAAGGAUUCGUCAGUUAUACCACUGUCAAAGCCCUUGUCUAUACCGCUGCCAGAUUCCCUGGCUAUACCACUACCUGAGUCAUCAAUUGUACUGCAGCAGGAGUCCUCAGCUAUACCACUUCCAGAGUCCUCGGCUAUACCACUUCCGGAGCCCUCGGCUAUACCUCUUCCGGAGCCCUUGGCUAUACCUCUUCCGGACCCCUUGGGUAUACCUGUUUUAGAUCCCUCGGCUAUACCUCUUCCAGAACCCUCUGCUAUAUCUCUUCCAGAACCCUCGGCUAUACCUCUUCCAGAACCCUCAGCUAUAUCUCUUCCAGAACCCUCGGCUAUACCUCUUCCAGAACCCUCGGCUAUACCUCUUCCAGAACCCUCGGCUAUACCUCUUCCGGAGCCCUCGACUAUCCCACUUCCGGAGUCCUCGGCUAUACCUCUUCUGGAGCCUUCAGCUAUACUGCUUUCUGAGUCCUCAGCUAAAUGGCUCCCAGAGUCCUCAGCUAAAUGGCUCCCAGAGUCCUCAGCUAAACAAUGCCCAGAAUCCCUUAUUGAAUAUGUCACAAUUUCUAGUGAUGAGAGUACAAAGGCACCUACAAACACUGGUAUGAAGCAAGGUGCUUCUAAUCUAGAUUUAAGUAAUAAAUUUCAGAAUAGAGUGCAUAGUAAUUCUGGAUCAGAAGAGAAUGCUUGCUCUAAUGACAGUAAUGAGAAAGUGCAAAGUGAUCUAUCAAAAACUGACAAGAUGAAGAAAGAUUCAUAUGAAUGUACAAAUAUAAAGAAGUAUCCUUUUAAAGACGUGGUGGUGAGGGUGUUGAAUGUAUCGGACAUUACCCCGUUGUCAGUUACCCUAAAGUUGUUUCAAGCAUGCGGUGCAGCUGGCAGUGGAAAAUUUGAUGGAGAUGAACUUCUCUUCAGGUUCCAGUCAUUGAAGCAAGCUGCUGCUUGUGUGUCAGGGCUCAAUAACUUUCGUUUUCUUGACAAAAUUCUGAAAGUAAAGCUAGAUGGUCAUUAUGGUAUACAUAAGUGCAACUACCAAGAUGGGAUGGCUUUGGAAAAUAAAAUAGAAGAAACUCUGAAGCAUGAAGAGAAGGUCAUGGUGAGCUAUAUCAAGGAGUGGAUUGAUAAAGGAUUCAACAUCUAUGAUUUCAAAGUCAAGAUGUGCACUAAGAACAAGUGUUAUUCUGACUCGUGUGUAGGCUACCACAAUUUAGCAGACAGACGCAGAAGCCCUGGCUUCUUUGAAUAUGGUGAUGCAAUGUGUGAGGCAAUUCUCAAGGAAGAGGAGUGUGCCCAACAAGACUCCUGCCAAUAUGCACACACAGCUGUAGAGAGAGACUACCAUGUCAAGCAGUUUAGAUCCCUUGUUUGUUCAGGAUGGAGUAAAGAACAUUCUUGCCCAAAUAAGAAUAAAAUCUGUCCAUUUGUACAUCCAGAGAAUGCAGAUUCUCUUUACCAUGAGAGCUGGAAAGAUUUGUAUGUUGAGGGACUUGGUAACACCAUAGAGUUCCUUGUGGAGGCAAUCAGGAAUCUGUUUAAGCUUCCAGUUGUUCCAGGUGUGAGAAUUUUGGUAAUAACUCCAUCGAUAAUGGUAGCCAACUUGCUGAGGCUAGCUGUGCUUGACUUAGCCAAAAUUUUUCUUCAAACUGUUGUUGUUGCGACUUACAAGAAGCAGAUUUUAGAAAAUGCAUCAAUUCUGAUUGCGACACCUGAUGCACUUUCCAGUAUCCUAGUGAUGAAGGGCAAAGAAAUUGCUCACUACUUUGAUACCACGAGGGUUGUCAUAAUUGAUGAUAUUGCCUCCUUGUUGAAGGACUUCAUGAAUCAUCACCAACUUUCUUUCAUUUUCAAGAACAUCUUCGAAAAUUCUGAUUUGAAUAAAGUGGUUGUAACAGAGAAGUCUGAUGAGUAUGAAGUUGGGGUUGUAGCAGCUCUGCUGAAGACUCAAUUUGUCAAGGUUUCAAGGCAAGGACAGGCAAUGCAGCUAUACUUCAGGAAAAUGAGAGAAACAGAGAAAGCUGCUCAUAUACAUGAUGCAAAGAAGCAACAUUCACAGGGGGUAAAGUAUACAAGGAGGAAGAGAUCUCACAAGUCAGACAACUCUGUUAAAAACAGAAGUUUGUUGCCAACUGAACAGUCCUCAAGAAAGACCAACGUGAAAGAUCGUCACCAGUUAACCUCAACUGAGAAGCCCCAGCAACAGAGCAGCAGCUCAUCUCUGUCGUCAACAUUUCGGGAUGAAUCCUGUAAACGAAGAAGAUGCUACUCAUCAUCAUCAUCAUCCUCAUCAUCAGAGUCAUUCGAGUCUUCUAUGUCAGAUGUUGAUGAUUUAACCAAGUCAAAGAUUAGCUGCUUUGAUCCUGAAAUGAAGAGACUCUUUUUGAGUGCAGAGGAGGACUUGAAGAAAGAUCACCAAAUACACUGCCAAACUUUCACAUCAGUGCCAGAGGCUCACCCUCAGUAUGCAGCUAAAUAUACAAUCUUCAAAGAGAAAUAUCAAAAGAUGUACGCAGGGAAUGAAAACUUGCAGCAUUGUCAAGAAUUGUGGAAGGAGUUUUGGAAGCAGACUGUGACUAAGGAGCUUGAAGAAAAAUUGAACAAGAAGAGAGUAAAGUUAUUAGAACAGUUUAAUGCAGUAGCAGCCAAGAAGAAUGAAUGUACUGGGUUACGUAAAAUCAAGAACUGUAAGGAGGAUGCAUAUAGUUAUGAGGCUGGCCCUAGCACUUCAUCUUAUAAAUCUUCAGAGUUCUCUGUACAAACGUUAACAGGUCAAAAGAAAAUGUCAUUAACCAAAUUUAUUAACUCACAAGCUGAAUUUAGUAGAUUUAGACAGAGUUCUGUUGGCACACCUUUGCAAACUACUGAAAGUUUGUCAAUGCUACAUCAAAUAUUGCCUGUGGUUAGUAUUUCUGAGCAUAAAUGUGAUUUAGGAACUGGACAAAGUGUGAAAAUAUUAACCAAACAAUUUUCUUUGUAUAAUAAUUUAGAUUCGCUCUUAGAGCUCUGUGAGCCAUUAGGUCUCCUUGGUCCUGCCUUUAGGCUCAUAAUUAAUAAAGUCAAAAACCUUGAGAGAGAUUCACAAAAAAUGUGUGAGGUGCUUACUGAUGAUGAUAAUGCUUUACUUAUCAAGAUGGCUUCAGAAAAGUUGAAAUCUCUUGGUGAGGCUUCUACAGGCAGAUUUCGAGAAAAGUUACUGAAAGGUAGCAUUCAUGCUGCGGAGUUGUUAGAGCAUGCUACUGCAAGUUCACAAACUGCAGAGAAACCAUAUCAUGGUGCUGAUAUUUUGAAGGAUGUUGCUAUAAGUUCACAAACUUCAGAAAGACCAUAUCAUGGUGUUGAUAUUGAUAAAGUGGCAAGGGCCACAUUGGGGAAGGAUGUUACUUUCAUUGUUCAGUUCAUCAAAAAUGCUCUUGCAUAUGAAGGUGUUACAAAUGUCCAAGCUGAGGAUACAAAUAAAAUAUUUUUGGCUGUAUCUUCAAAACAUCUUAGUAUGGUCUUGGAAAAUAAAUAAUGUUCUUUCCCUUAAAUCAGUAUAUUUUUAUCUCCACGGGGAAGUGGAAAAGAAAUCUUCCUGUAAGCCAUGCGUAUCAUAAGAGGUGUUUCGUUUUUUUUUAUAGGUCACUCUGUCUCAAUGGGAAACGGCUGGCGUGUUAAAAAAAAAAAAAAAGUUAUCUUCAACCGAAGCAAAGUGACCCGAAAAAGUUUUUCAUCUUUUUACAUUUAGUAAUUUAUAAAGGAGAAGGGGUUACUAGCCCCUUGCUCGUGGCAUUUUGGUCACCUCUAAUGGAGGAAGGAUUCUUUUUCCACUUUCCCGUGGAAUUUUUGAGUUAUACAUUGUCAAGUUAUACAUAGAUUAAUUUAUAAGUUAAUUGGUUUAUAAAUUAAAAUAAGGUGUUUAAUUAAAGUUUGGAGAAUGUUGAACUUUCCACUCAGAACUUUAUAUAAUGUUGCCUUCAAAAGUUUUUUCUCGGGUUAGUCAUUCAUCAGUUUUAGCUCAAACCGAUAUAUAGUUGUCUGUGUAUCAACUGGAUAAAAACUGGGAUAAAUUGUUUUAACCAAUGUAAUAAAAUAAUAGGGGCAUUUUUAUGUACAUUAUAUGCCAUAUGCUUUAUAUGCCAUGCUAAAUCACUAAGAAAUUUUUUUUGUUGUAUUUUGUUAAUAUGAGUAAAGCUGCUUGUGGCCAAGUAGUUUUAAUGUACUACAUUCCCUUGCAUCUAUAUAUCAAGUGCUGAGUAAUCUAUUUGGAUUUACUCUUUUUGUUUUUUAAAUAUAUUAAGACAGUUAUAUACUGUAUUCUUCCUCCGUAAGCCAUGUGUGUUGUAAGAGGCAACUAAAAUGCUGGGAGCAAGGGGCUAGUAACCCCUUCUCAUAUAUAUUACUAAAUGUAAAAGGAGAAACUUUCGUUUCUCCUUUUACUUUCAUUUCUCCUUUUGGGCCACCCCGCCUCGGUGGGAUACGGCCGGUGUGUUGAAAGAAAGAAAGAAAGUUAUAUACUGUAUUGCUCAACUAUUUUAUAUAACUCCAAAUUUAUUUUAAUAAAGAUUGUGCAUUUAUA